AUGAACGAUUAUCUUCGUCGCAGCUUUGAAUCCCGUGAAGAGACCGAGCAUCUUCCCGUUGGUAGUCUCCAGCUUGAUUUUAACCCGUAUAGAACAGUCUCUUCAAAGGACAAUAAAUCAAAAAAUCGGUUAUCUAAUUUAAACUCCUAUUAUUUGUUAUUAUUGCUUCCGACGCUUUCCGUGUGCGUUGCUGAUGCUUACGACGAUGUCGUUGUGGUGCCUGCUGGGUGCGCUGUAAUUGUCCAAUCGAUUCUUUCGAUUGUAGUGCAAAGAUUGAAGUUCGGCGGCCGCAACGAGAGCAACGACGACGUGACCAGCGACAGCGAAUUUAAGGCAGACCAAUUGAUUGCAGCUACAUCAACGCUGCUUCAGCAGCAGCACCGGCGAAGUAUCCUAGCCGCAGAGCUCGGGAAUUACCCCGCGGAGGAGGAAGAUCGGACGAACCAGUCACCCGUUACCGUCGGUCAGCUGCUCGGUGACUGUGUGAACAAAAUUAUCAUCACAGUGACUGCAAUUCUUAUCGGACUAUUUAUUGAGCUACGAAACUGCAUCGUUUCCAUGAGCGCCCCAGGCGAUCCGUCGACACCCGGUGGAGGACCUGACAGACCGUGUGGAAUUACAUCAUUGCUGCCGAUCGGCAUGUCUUGCCGGGGUCGGGCUGAAGCAUUCGCUCGUAGCCUCCAAUCUCGCCUGCGAACACUCGGUGCACAGGGAAAUGCCGAUGAGGAAGUCAACCAACUUGCUACAGACCAGACCAGCGAGAACACAUGGCUAUCGCAGGAGGAAACGGCGGUAACAAGGCUGCAACCAUUGCGUAUGGUCGCUACCGAAGCUGACUCGUAUUUUGACUUUGGAUUAGGUGAAAUUGAUAGUCCAGGAUCACCGGUGGAGGAGUGUGAGUACACUCGGCUAAUCGAAACGACAUCAGUAACUCCGGCAGAAGCCAUCGCACCGGAAUCCGGCUACGUGUGUUCCUCACCCUGCUCGACGACGCCACAAGCAACCAGCCACGAAAACAGCCCCUCCAGUCAGGCCUCUUCCGACUGCCAGUUUUACGAUCCGGAGGUAUCGGACUCGGAACAGGCAAAAUCAGGCAGCGGCUGCGAUUACUACGAUUGUACUACCUCGGAUCCAUGCACUACAACGACGGCAACAUCAUCGUCUUCGCCUAGAAUAGCAGCGUCUCGACCGCAACAUCAAUCUACCUCAGCAAUGGAUUCAACGUCGCCUACAAAGAGUAAGCUUAAUCAAAAUGGACAGCUAUUCACGGGCUGUCCGGCAGUGACGACCGACAGUGACAGCUGUUCGGAAUCGCUUCCACCGUCGCAAUCGACCACCGAUACGCACGAUUCAACAUUCACCGGACUGAGUUCGAACAAUUCGAACAGCACCCUACAAGACGUCACCAUGGAAGGUGAAGACAUAGCUCCCGCCUACAACAAAUCCCUAGAAGUGCCCAAUGGAGACUGUUGCAGCAGCAGUGCCUGCGAACUACCGCAGCCACGUGAUGAACCGGAUGAUGGAAAAGUAUUAUCCAACGGACAUGCCAUAAUGCCAAAAGAACUAGAAACGCAGACUGCAUAUUUUGAUCUAAAAGAAACGUGUCCCGUUAAUUUGAUGGACUUAUUGAAUGGAGCGGCCGAAGAUGAACCCGAAGAAGGUGAACAAAGUCCACAACUGCAGAUGGAAGAAGUGGAACGAAAACUUCAAGAAUGUAAUGUUGAGCAGGAGGAAGCAGCAGAACCGGAAGAAGAACGUAAGGUAAGGAGGGAGGGAAUAUCCUCUGCAGAUGAGGAUGAAGAUUUUGUACGAUCACCACGCGUCCGAAGGUGCUCGUCGCUAAAAAGCGGCAAAACUCCACCUGGAACUCCGGGACGAAAGAAGAUUGUCCGAUUCGCGGACGUGCUUGGCCUAGAUCUGGCCGACGUAAAGACAUUCGUGGAUGAAGUUCCCAAAGUGCCCAAACAGGCGUACGAAGACUUGGAGAUUAAUCUAGAACCCCAACCGCUGCAGCAGAUCAGCCUGGGACCUCGAGCAGACAGAGUAUUAAUGCCAAUGUUCCAACAACCCGGAGCAUUGCCCUGCUUUAUGGAUAUGGUUCGCGAGAAGCAGGUGAAUCUUGAAAACGCAGCAGUGACAGACCCAAUUACGCUAACCAUCACCGGAACCGUUCGGGUUCGAAAUCUCGACUUCCACAAGUCCGUCUACGUCCGCUACAGCAUAGACAAUUGGCGCAGCUUUUCCGAUCUGCAAGCCUCGUACGUCGAGAACUCCUGCGAUGGCUUCUCGGACAAGUUUUGUUUCACCAUCUACGGCCACUCGGUCCAGAUCGGGCAGCGCAUCGAGCUGGCGGUACGUUUCCACUGUCGCGGUCAGCAAUUUUGGGACAAUAACUAUGACACGAACUACGUUUUCCAAUGUUUGCCAAUUUCGCAACCGAACCACGUUGGCCACGCUGCUGUAAAGCCGGCCCAUUUGGAAUCGCUCAUCAGUCCGGACGAAGCAUGGUGCAAAAGUUUCUAUUAGUAGGCUCCAAAACAAAAAAAAACAUCAAUUCUCGAAAUCCGGCCGCUCACGGAAGUUUUGUUUUGUUUUGUACGCCUUUUUUUAUUUUUUUAAGUGAUACAAAUUUUACCUAUAACAAACUGCUUGCGAAUGUGCAUUCGCAACUUUAAUUGGUUAGAAAGUUAAGCAAAAUCAGAUUUAUGUUUUAUUUUAGAGUGUAGUAUUAUUUCGUUAGUGAUCUGCUAGAAUAUCUCUAUUUAUUUCUAUUGUGUCGCUAUCGAAUUCUCUCCUUUGAGAUAUUCUUUUUUAGUAGGUUUUUUAAUUGUGUAUGACAUUCAUUUUACAGUAUAUGUGUAAACGACAACAGCAUCACAAGUUUUUGCUAACCUAUCAAUAAGGCAUGAUGCAGUCCAAUUAUUGGUGAUAAAUCUUUUUUUACCGCCUCGGGUAGAGAGUCCAGAUGCCCAAGCUAAAUACUGCGAAUGUCAUGCGUUAUUUUAUCAAAAAAAAAAAAAUUUAGGUACCGAAUUAUUUUUUUAAGAACUGACUAACUAACCCUGGAGAAAAAUAUCAUAAAUGAACAAGCAAAGAAGUCAUUAAUGUUGAAAAAUGAUUACUGUUGCUAUAUACGAAACAUAUUGCAAAGUUUAUGAAACUUUUAAGACCGUUAAAAAGUUUUAUGAAGCAAUCAGCACUUUUCAUCAUAACUCAUGUAAUCAUACAAAAAAAAAAUUGGCCAGGACAAACAAAAAGCAAAGAGAUUGGAUUUUACAGAGCAGUUUAGAACUUAGAUUUAUAACACUUCUGCAGCAACAACAAUGAACUUUAGCAUACAUGAUACCUAGUAGACUUCCACCAUAAAGUUUUGAGUGAGUCAGAUAAAUGCAAGAAGGAAUUGUUAAGCAAUGUAGGAUGAACCUUUAACGAAAACGAGUGGCUGCUCAGAAGGUGUAGCCUAGCUUAGAUUUAGGAAACAUGCAUAGGAAACGAUAAGCAAAGAAUGUAGAAAUUAUGAUGAUGAAAUAAAUAAAAAAAAAUAAAAAACGCGUGCGGGCGAAAUCGAUGAGCAUGAAUCAUUUACCUAAACGAAACUCGAUUUGGUGUCUUAUGAACAAGAGAAAAAAGAAUAUGAAGAGUAACUAUACUAGUUAAGAUUACCA